AUGCUGGUCACUCACUCGCGCCGGAAGCGCAAUGUGGUGCAGCUGGGCGACAUGAUGAAGUGCGCCACCGGCUGCAGUCCCAUCGCCUACAAGGGCUACGGCUGCUACUGUGGCUUCCUCGGCUCGGGCCGCGUGGUGGACGGCAUCGACCACUGCUGCUACGAGCACGACUGGUGCUACUGGCGCGCCAACCACUGCUUCACUGACCCAUUCGGUGUCUCCUUCUAUGUGUCCCGUUACAAGUGGGUGUGCCAGGACGGCAAGCCCACCUGCGUGGCCGGCUCGGGCAGCGCGUGUGCGGGCCAGCUCUGCGAAUGUGACCGUCAGUUCGCCAAGUGUCUGCGUCGCUACCCGUGCCCCACCAGCCGGCCCGUCUGCGCCAGCUCGCCACUGCGCCACUGGCAGAACCUCUUCCUCGGUCUGCGCAAGGCCAUGCCGUACCACAACCGGCUCGACAACAGUUACGAGGCCUUCGGCGGCGACAGCUUCGAGAACGACUACUUCCGGUAGUCGGCGGCAGAUGGCCAGCCGGCGGACGUGAACCACUGUGUGGCAUCCGAAAACUACUGUAUCCGAUGGCCGGUGAUAGAUGGCGUGCGGAAAGCCGCGGACGAGAAGACGCCCGGGAA